AUGCCUUUCACCGGAAGCGACAUCAUUAAGAUCAUCCUGGCCAUCCUCCUCCCGCCUCUCGGAGUGUUCCUCGAGCGUGGCUGCGGUGCAGACCUUCUGAUCAACAUCCUUCUCACCAUCUUGGGUUACAUUCCCGGCAUCAUCCACGCCCUGUACAUCAUCCUCAAGUACUAG